AUGUCAUCAGUAGUAUCAGCGAGACAUGUGCAUCAGGACGUUCGCAUUAAACGCUCCCUGUGCAUAAAAUAUAUAAAUUUUUUAAGUUAUUUGAAAAAGUGUAAAUUAAAAAGACCAUGGCAUAGGUACUACUGUUGUGUGUUUCAGAUGGCAGGGGUAGAAAUGACAAGUGUGAAAGGGUUGACUUGUAAAAGCUUACAGAAUUCAACAAAAGUGAGUAGAAAUAAAGACACAUUUUUCAUAAAAUGCAUGAAUCAUUUGAUUUCAAAACCAAUAAACAUAGCAUCGUUCGAUUUGGAUGGGACACUAAUGAACAUACAUGGAUGUAAACACACCAACACUUUACUUUUCAGUAAGGAAGUCUUAUUCAACAUUUUUAAUUUUAAGGAAAAACAAAAGUUCCAAAUUGUUAUUUUUUCAAAUCAAACCAGUGUCUCUUCUCCCGUUCAUGAUUAUCACUAUCUCAAGCGAUGCAAGUUGCCAAUCCUCUUCAGAAAGCUCGUAAAUUUAAGACGUGCCCUCUCUUAUUUCUACGCACUCUACAGGCAUCAGAACGGGGGAAAAUUCAAAGCGGUUCCAACUAGCCAAAAUCUGCAGAAAUGCCAAGCGGUUCCAACUAGCCAAAAUCUGCAGAAAUGCCAAGCCCUUCCAACUAGCCAAAAUCUGCAGAAAUGCCAAGCCCUUCCAACUAGCCAGGCGUGUGAAAAGUGGAACUACCGCGUGCAUGGUAAACAUUGUGUUGUUGUUGUUCCAAAUCAGAAAUGCCAUGGUGAACGUUGUUUCCAGAAGUUGAACUACAGACGGAGUGCAAUGGGCUCUUCCAAAAUGAGACGAUCUAAUGAGAAUAGUGACAAAAUCAAAAGUAUAGAAAAAAGAGGAGGUAAUGUUGUGAAUACAUUUUAUGCAAUUGGGAAAGGAAAUAUGGAACCAAUUGACAUUUAUCCAAAACCAUGUGGAGGACAAUACUAUUUAUACAUGUGUUUAGAAGGGAUAAAAUAUAUUAUAAUUUUGAUUCGAUAUUUUGGAAAUUUACAUAAAGAAUUAUUAGAAAAAGAAAUAAACAAGGGAGUAAAUAAACCGUUGGAAGAUUUUCUUCGACUCACAAUUGAAAUUUGUAACAAUGAAGAAAUAUACAAUAUAGUAAAAAAAAAUAGGAGGUGUUAUUUUCAUCUGAACACAAUGAGCUUACAAAUGAUAGAGAUUUAUAUAAACUCCUUGUUGAAGAAAUCAAAAUUUUAUAUAUUUUUAAAAAAUGGGUAUCCACAGUACGUGGGAUAUGUGAACUAUUUUUUAAAUGAUUUCGUGGAAGAAUCACCACCGUGGGAUGAAGAAGAUUUGAAGCAACUACUCAAGGAUGAAUGUUUCCUAAAGCAUCUAACUCUUUGUUUGGUGUACAAAAAUAAAAUUAUGAAAAAUCUUUCAGCUAUCUUUUCCAAUUUGUUAUUUAAUUUUGAUCACAGUUUUUAUGUAGGUGAUAAUAUUGGCAGAGAUUUUGACAAAUCGAACAUUGACUUGAAGGUAAGUAUUUUUGUGCACAUAUAUUCUCACACAUUACUGUUUAUAUUUUCUCUUAAUAAAGGUUUAAUAUCUCUUGUACUCCUAAUAUUUCCUUCUAAUCAUAUUCACUUGAGUGUACGUCUUUUUUUUUUUUUUUUUUUUUUAAGCGAAUCAUUUUUGUUUAUACUCUCUUAA